UCCAACGCUAACAAAUUUCAAACUGGGGAGCGGGUAGAAAGACCUGGCAAGAAAAUACAAUACAAUUAAAGGAUAUAACUAAAUAGUUAAAUAAUGACGAGCACACUGAAAGGUAUUACCCUGAAAGGAAGCGCUGAGCUUGUGGCCGAGUUUUUCUCAUUCGGUAUCAACAGCAUCCUGUACCAGCGAGGGAUCUACCCUCCGGAGACGUUCUCUCGAGUCACCCAGUAUGACAUGAGCCUUCAACUCACUACUGACACCAAGCUGAAGAGCUACCUGACCAACGUGGUAUCUCAACUCAAAGAGUGGCUGUUUGACUGCACAGUGCAGAAGCUGGUGCUGGUGAUCACAUGUCUGGAGACCAACGAGGUGCUGGAGAGGUGGCAGUUUGACAUUGAGUGUGACAAGAGUGCCAAGGAGAUCAGUGCUCCCAGGGAGAAAUCCAUCAAGUCCAUCCAGGAUGAGAUUCGCUCAGUCAUCAGACAGAUCACUGCCACUGUCACCUUCCUACCCCUGCUGGAGACUGCCUGUGCCUUCGACCUCCUCGUCUACACCGACAAGGACCUGGAAGUGCCGGACAAGUGGGAGGAGUCAGGCCCCCAGAUCAUUGACCAGUCGGAGGAGGUUCGCCUGCGCUCCUUCACCACCUCCAUCCACAAGGUCAACAGCAUGGUGACCUACAAGAGGACCGACUCAGCCUAGAACCUGACCUCUAACCUACGAUCCCCACUGUACAUAGUUAACUCUUAUGGUCUCCUCUCCCCUGCUGCGUACUAUAGGUAUGUUGGAGAUUGAUUACAACGGAUCUACAAAUCAUACUCGGUCGUCAUUUAGGAUGCCAGGUGAUUUGUAGAUGAGUCAGUUUGGAGUCGCCGACUGCAAUCUCAAACGCACACAAUGCAUAUGAAAACAGAAAUGUUACAAAGCCUUCUCCCUUCGCAACUCAUGUCUCUCAUCAUCUUUCUUUACGUACAGUGCCUUCGGAAAGUGUUCUGGCCCUUUAACUUUUUCCACAUUUUGUUACGUUACAGCCGUCUUCUAAAAUGUAUUCAAUGUUUUUUCACCUUCAUCAAUGUACACACAAUACCCCAUAAUGACAAAGCAAAAUAGUAAAAAAAAAAGAAAAGGAUAAUUUAUAACAAACUGAAAUAUCACGUUUACAUAAGUACUCAGCCAUUGUUGUCUAGGCUGUGUGCUUAAGGUCAUUGUCUUGUUGGAAAAUGACCCCCCCCCCCCCCGUUUUUCAUCUCUAUACUUUGCCACGUUCAUCUUUCCCUCCCAGUCCCUGCCGCUGAAAAACAUCCCCACAGCAUGAUGCUGCCGCCACCAUUCUUCACCGUAGGGAUGGUGCCAGGUUUCCUCCAGACGUGACGCUUGGCAUUCAGGGAGAAGAGUUGAAUCUUGUUUCUCAUUGUCAGGGAGUCUUUAGGUGCCUUUUGGCAAACUCCAAGUGAGCUGUCGUGCCUUUUACUGAGGAGUGGCUUCCGUCCGGCCACUCAACCAUAAAGGCCUGAUUGGUGGAGUGCUGCAGAGAUGGUUUUCCUUCGGGAAGGUUCUCCAAUCUCCACAGAGGACCUCUAGAGCUCUGUCAGAGUGAUCAUCGGGUUCUGGGUCACCUCCCGGACCAAGGCCCUUUUCCCCCGAUUGCUCAGUUUUGCCGGGCGGCCAGCUUUAGGAAGAGUCUUAUUUGUUCCAAACUUCCAUUGAAGAAUGAUGAAGGCCACUGUGUUCUUGGACCUUCAAUGCGGCAGACAUUCUUUGAUACCGUUCCCCAGAUCUGUGUCUCGGAGCUCUACGGACAAUUCCUUCGACCUCAUAGCUUGGUUUUUGCUCUGACAUGCACUGUCAACUGUGGGACCUUUUAUAUAGACAGGUGUGUGUCUUUCCAAAUCAUAUCCAAUCAAUUGAAUUUACCACAGGUGGACUCCAAACAAGUUGUAGAAACAUCUCAAGGAUGAUCAAUGGAAACGGGAUGCACCUGAGCUCAAUAUCGAGUCUCAUAGCAAAGGGUCUGAAUACUUAUGUAAAUAAGGUAUUUCAGUUUUUAAAUUUGUAAUACAUUUGCAAAUAUUUCGUUAUGGGGUAUUGUGUGUAGAUUGAGGAUUUAAAAAAUGUAAUCCAUUAUAGAAUGAGGCUGUACCGUAACAAAUUGUGGAAACAGUCAAGGGGUCUGAAUACUUUCCAAAGGCACUGUGUAUAUAAAGAAUCCUUUUACACUGAUUAUUCUGUCCUGUCUUUUUCUCUGUGUAUUGGGAUACUUUGUUCUUCCUGGCUCGCUGCUUUGAUGUAAAUAUUGCCUGUAAGUGGUUACUGAUCCACUUUGCCUUCAUUUUUUUUCUUGUCCUCUAUCCAGUUCGGAGCCUCUCUGUUUUAGAAGCUAGUGGUUUGUGUUGUAUUUUUAAGAAAAUUCCUGAAAUGUGUCCAUUUGAUCGUCCUCAAGUCUGACCUGUGUGUUACUACUGCAAUUGCCCAGAAGGUGGCAAAGUAACAAGUUUUUUUAUUUUUUAGUUCUGGUUAGCUAUCGUCUCUCUGUAAAUGUAAAAUAAAUGGUUGUUUAGACAAGUA